AUGGUAUCUACUGCUAAGCGAUUUGCGCCUCUACGGGAGAGCCUCCGGGCCUCGUCCUCGACUGAGGUACCGACACUCCGCGGAAUUGUAUUUGACAUGGAUGGCACACUCUGUGAGCCGCAAACAUACAUGUUCAAGGAUAUGAGAGACGCCCUAGGCAUCACAAAGGCAGUAGACAUCCUCGAGCACGUCGAGUCGCUCCACCCGGAGAAGCAGACCGUCGCCCUCGAGGCCAUCCGCAACAUCGAGCGCAAGGCAAUGGAAUCCCAGACCCCACAGCCCGGCCUCAACACGCUCAUGUCCUACCUCGACUCCCGCGGCAUCCCCAAGGCCAUCUGCACCCGCAACUUCGACGUCCCCGUCCAGAACCUCCUCACCAAGUUCCUGCAGGGCUCGCAGUUCAGUCCCAUUGUGACACGAGAUUUCAAGCCCCCGAAGCCGGACCCUGCUGGAAUCCUGCACAUCGCCAAGGAUUGGCGUCUCGUGGACGACAACGGCGACGUUGAUGCUACCGGGCUGAUCAUGGUUGGGGAUUCUAUUGAUGAUAUGACGGCGGGCAGGAGGGCUGGGGCGGCGACUGUUCUGUUGGUUAACGAUGUGAACCAGGUGCUGGUGAGCCAUGAGCACACGGACCUUGUAAUAACUUCACUGGACGAACUGAUAGAUAUAUUGGAGGAGGGUUUCCAAGGUCGUCAGAUCCAGGUAGUAUAA